AUGUUCGGCUGCUGCGUCGCCGGCCGCCUCCUUCAGACCAACCUCCAGCAGAUCGACGACACCAACGCUGCGUUCGAGCUCCCCGCCGCGGGCUCCAUCAACCACAUCUGCGUUUUUCUCCUCGGGACAGUGCCGUUCCCAGAAGGCUACGGUGCGACCGUGCAUUUCUUCUGGCCCGGGCGCGGCUUCCAGCUGCUCGGAAUGCUCUCCAACGACAAGCCCUCCGCCAUCUUCCGCCUCCGUGGCACCUUCACCUCCCCCACCUCGUCCACCCAGCCCGCCCACCCACACGCCUUCCUCUCCUCCACCCCGCCCGCCGGCGCGUCCGACGACGUGACCGCCAUCCUCGGCCUCUCCAUCGAGCCCCUUGACCAGAUCUACGCGCGAACCGGCGCGCUCGCCAAAACGGGCGCGGCCCCGUCGUCGUCGACGACCUCGACGCUAGUGCCCGCAGGCGCAGCGGUGCCCCCCGACGCGUCGCUCCUCGCGGAGCGCGUCGCGCGGCACCUCGUGAACUACGUCUCGGGCUUCGUGUCUAGCUCGGGGUCCCCCGCCUCGGGGAUGGACAUGGACACGAGCGCUGGUGCCGGAGCCGGAACUAGAGGUGGGGCGGGGGGCGCGGGGGGUCCGGUGCGCCCCGAGAGCGCGGUGCCGCUGGGCUUGAUCGCGCGCUGGUACGAGGGCUUCGUGGUGAAGGUGCGCGCGGGCGGGGUCGGGUUUCUGGAGCGGGUCGAGUGA